CCACAUCAAGGCAACAACAACAGCAACAAGAACUAACAGGGAAACAAAUAACGGUUCGAGAUUGGAAAGCCAAGGAAGAUUCUCCAACACAUAAAACAGAAGAUCAGACCAAAAGAAGACUUUAUGGCUUUGACGGAGACGAGAAAUGGUCCAAGUUUGCAUCUUCGACAGAUCGGAACUCACUGGUAGUCACAAGUGUGAAGACGUCGGGAUGGAAAAGACAAAGGAGGCUACAGGAUUUGGGAUCGAGAAAAAAUUCUCCGAGCUCGGAUGAAAGAAGCACAUAAAAAGACGGUUCUUUAGACCGAGUCUGAUGGGACCAAAGUGGGAAGAAACAUCGUGAUUGAUGAUAGUGUUAUGCUGGGCUAUGUGCAAAGGCGGAGAAACGCAUUAAAUAUUUCAUGGAAUGGGAUUGGACAUGAUCAUGUAAUCUGCUGACGAUGUAUAGGAAUAGAAGUCGGGGUUGUCUGAUUGAAACUGCCUUCGUUGGAAAUGGCUCAAGCAACGAGGAUCUGGAUGAGGUGGAUCGAAUAGCCAACCAUCCAGUGUUGCGCAGCAAGCCUCAUAUCAACCAAGGACCAGCCUGGGAAACGUCCUUAAGGAAAUCCAGAUCCGAAUCUGGAACUGGCCUUACGGGCAAGCGUGUCCAUAACCCGUUGUCAGGUUCUGUGAUUGGAACUUGUCAUGGAGGUCUGGGCUUAUCGAUAUGGACGGGGACACAGUCCAUUCAAGGAUCGCCAACCAAUGGCAGCCUCGCCCAAGGAGGUCAUGUCUUUGGCAGAAGUCGAGGAGCUAAUCCUCGAGGUCCAGUGGCUCAAAGCCGCUUGUCCAGAUCCACCACUUUCAAUAAUUGUGUCCCGUCUUCACCCGUCAGUGGGCAUUCUGCCACAUCAAGUUGGGUGUACAACCCAAACACGGGGAUGGGAGCUAAAAGUGCCCCCUCUACACCGCCCACGUGGUCAGCUUCGGGCCUCACGGACCAUUUCCAACCCGAGUCAAGGCCACUACGAGGCCCAAGGCUUCUCAAAUCCUCUGAGGAAAGCGUUUCUCAAAGGAGCAGCUCCUCGUCAACUCAAUAUGUCGUUCAUGCUGUGAUAGAAAAUGUCCGCUCAUCGUCAAAGAGAGACUGUUUUACGCCCCCACCCGAUUUGGGUGCCAAACCCAAGGAUAUGUUGUCAGAAACAAAGACUCCGCCCAAUACUGCCCCUCUGCCUGCCAAGUUUAGCCGCCUCCCACAGAACUUGCUGAGGAAACAGCAACGAGAAUUGGAUAUCCAAAGUACCGCCGACUCAUCUUCCAACAAUGAGGUCUGCAUGACAAGUAGUGGAGCCAAAUCCCCCAGUUCAUCUCUGCGGUUUAAACUUCCACUCUCAUUAAGGGCUCGAAUAAAACUUGAUCGUGAGGAUUCGAGUAGCGCGGAAAGUACCCCGCAAAAGCAAAAGAUGCCUCCAGCCCUUUCGACCGGUCAGUCACGUUUAGUCAAGAGAGGCAUGGAGGCCAGCUCCAGGCCGAACCUUCUAGUCAUGGCUCCAAAGCCUAUUCAGGACCUGACCACUAAACAAAGUUCAAAGUCAAAAUUCUUUAGUAGUGGUGAGAGUUCAUGCUCCUCGGCCAUGUCCAGCUUGGAAUCCCUUCGAAGCACCACGUCCGAUGGUGUGCAAAGUCUCAUGAGCUCAGAGAGUGGAGCCGUGAGCUCCAUGAGCUCGCAAAGUUCUGAAAAUUUUCCUUCCAAGCCCACUUUGGAUCUAGGCUACUCGCGCCAUCCCAAAUUGGUGACUGGGGGAGUGAGUUCCAAGUUCCAAGUUUUAUCACCAAUCUCGGACAAGUCCCAGGAACAAUAUUCCGAGGUGUGUGACCCCGGCGGUAAUAAUAAAACGCCGAAAGUUUCUCCCUCCUCCACACUCACACCAUCCAGCAUAGAAGCGAACACGGUGAUCGAUAAUGAAAGCAGAGUGACUUCAGAGCACUUGAAUAACAAUGUCUUCAACGAUAACGAUGCGUCCUCCGGUUCAAAGAACGCCAACGACAAUGAGUUGCGAAUCCAACAGGCUUUGGACGUCCCAUGGGACAUACCCAAACUAAAAAGAAGGCUUCAAGGGCAAGGAGGCUCAAAUAGGAAUCUCAACAACUUCGUCCAACAUCGCAGAACCUUGGAACUGCAGGGAUCGGACAGUGGGAUCUCCCUAGACUCUCAAGAUCUCAAAGACAUGAAGGAAUUGCUCAAUGUUCCAUGGGACAUGCCCAAGCUGAGGAAAAAGACUCAACAGCCCAAUUUUCUCAGUUCCCGUCCUCAAAGUAUGAACAUUGACCCACCCACCAGGAACAUUAACAUCGUCUCGAACUCGCAGUCAUCCUCUUGCCAAAGUAGCAACGAAAACAUGGUCCUCCCUCAACCUGUUCCACCUCCACCUCCUGGUUUCGAGGACUCGGGUGAUGAGUUCUAUUUGGCCAAUAACCAAUUCAGAGGCACUCCCGAGCGAAAAGCCCGUCCAAAGAUGACACUUUCCUUUGGAAUAGAUCCAUCGUUGAAGACGUUAAUGUUUGCAACAAAUAGUCCUUUUGGUCUCAACGAUUGCGAGGAUGUGGAUCCUAAUUUACCCCUGGAUAGACAAGAGUGGUUCCAUGGAACCAUAAGCAAGAGUGAAGCUGAGGAAAGACUGACAGCCCUGACAGAAGGAAACUAUCUGGUUCGAACAUUGGAUUCAACGCGACAGGAAUAUGCUUUAUCGCUCAAGAGUGCUCGAGGCUAUAUGCACAUGAAGAUUCGUCGAGAUACCCAGACCCGGGAGUUCCAAUUAAGUGAUUUCAACAAGCGUUUCAUGUCUGUGCCACAAAUGGUUCAUCAUUACACUCGAAACAGGUUGCCUAUCAAAGGAGCAGAGCAUAUGUGCUUGAAACACCCUGUUCGAGAGCAAAUGCUAUAAGUUGCUCUCAGAGACAACGCAACCCUAUGAAACUGUCGUAAUACCUUUGGACCAUGUCAGAAGCUUGUUCCUGGUUUCAAGAAUGGUUCAUGGAUGACAGCAGAUGGAACACUUCAAAACUAUGUCGUUUUGCCACAUGAUUUUGACUAAAGAGAGAAGCAAAUGUAGUGAAAACAUAGUUAAUCUAAUUGCUAUUCUUGUUGACGAGUUUAAUCAUGCAGUUUCAACGUUCAUAAUCUUGUGGAAACUUCCUGGAUCCUGGGAAUAUGAGAGUCCCUGAAUUGAUAUCUCUGGGAAUCAUGGAAAUCCAAAUUGCACAGUAAUCCUCCAAACAUAUCAAGUCUACAUUGUCCAAGAAGAAUGCCAUUCCAAUUUACGAAUCUUUACCAUUCGAAACGUAAACUUAACAGAAUUGCCAGAUGUAUUGUUUCCCAUUAUAACGUACAAUAGCCCGCUGUGAUUUGUUAUGACGUAAUAAAACAUGAAACAACUCUC